CGAGCAUGGAGAGAGAGAGAGGCUAGCUAAGCAGCCAUAAACAAAAACCCAAAAGACAUUCAACUUGUUGAUUGUUGGGUGUUGAAUGUUUGAGCGAAAGAGAGAGAGAGAGAGAGACACCUAAGAGAAAAGAAAGAAAAGAAAUAAGUUGGUACCAUCAAAGGCUUUUCUUCUUCUUCUCUCUCUCUCGCACUCUGUAUUGACUCUUGCUUUUUUAAAAGCAAAACCCCUAAAGACCAUACCUUAGAUUCUUCUUCCUCUUCUUUUCAAUUCACAUUCUCUAUUUCUCUUUCUGUAUCUCUGUUCUUUGCUUGAAGAAUCUUUUUCUACUUGUGCUUCUGGUGCUAAACCAUUCUUCUUUUUUGUGCUUUGGUUGCACAUUGAGUGUAAUAUGUCUGAUGUUUGAGGUUGGAUUUUAAUUGGAACAGUGAGUAAAAUCUGAAUCAAUGACGAAGAUAAGUCCUGAAACAGAAGAAAAGAUGCAGAUGGACGUAAUGCUUCCAGUUUCAGCUGAUGUAAGCUUUGCUUCCAAUGGGUUUCCAAAAUAUAAAUUAGGACCUGAUAAUCAGAUUUUGGAAGAGCCAAAAGAGGAUAAUAAAGGUCCAUCCUUAAAGGAGGUGGUUGAACAAGAAACUACACAGCUAUCAGAUCAGCACAAGCGCCUCUCUGUUCGUGACCUCGCUAGUAAAUUUGACAAGAACUUGGCUGCUGCUGCUAAGUUGGCUGAGGAGGCAAAGCUUAGAGAGGUUGCAUCCUUGGAAGGACAUGUUCUUCUUAAAAAGCUUAGAGAUGCACUGGAAUCUUUAAGAGGACGAAUGGCAGGGCGAAACAAGGAGGAUGUAGAGAAAGCUAUAUCUAUGGUAGAGGCACUAGCAGUUAAAUUAACUCAGAAAGAAGGGGAAUUAAUUCAAGAGAAGUUUGAAGUGAAAAAGCUUGCUAACUUUCUUAAACAGGCUUCUGAAGAUGCUAAAAAGUUGGUCAAUCAAGAAAAAUCUUUUGCUUGUGCUGAAAUUGAAAGUGCCAGGGUAGUUGUACUGAGGUUUGGAGAGGCUUUGGAGGAAGAAGAAAGGAAUGCUCAGAAUUCCAAAAACCAGGCUCCUGAUGUGGAGGAGCUAAUCGAGGAAGUUCAAGAAGCUAGAAGAAUUAAAUUGUUGCAUCAGCCAAGCAAGGUGAUGGAAAUGGAGCACGAGCUUCGUGCGCUGAGAACUCAGAUUCGGGAGAAAUCUAUAUUUUCGGUUAAACUUCAGAAUGAGCUGGCAAAGAGCAAGAGAGCUGAGGAGAAUAAAUCUGCUCCAUACAUCAUAGAGGGUUCUGAAACUCUAGGUAUAUGUCUGCAACUCCAGCCUAGAUCAAAUGCUUCUCCACCGCCACUUUCAAAGUGUUCAAUUCAGUGGUGCCGUGUAUCAUGUGAUGGCAGCCAGAAAGAAGUUAUUUCAGGUGCUAAUAAAUCAAGUUACGCCCCUGAACCAUUAGAUGUUGGAUUUAUUUUGCAAGCAGAAAUCAUUUCAAAUGGCCAAAAAAUUGCAGUGACAACUGCUGGUCCCAUUGAAACUGCAGCUGCAGGAUUGGGAAGCUAUGUAGAGACACUUUUACGGAAAUCUAGCUCUGAAUUUAAUGUAGUUAUUUCCCAGAUGAAUGGACAAGAUCAUCCAUCACAUUCUGUUCACACAUUUAAUGUGGGAAAAAUGAGGAUAAAGCUCUGCAGAGGGUGGAUUACAAAGGCUAGAGAAAUUUAUUCUGCAUCAGUGCAGUUAUGUGGAGCUCGAGUCGAUAGUAAUGCUGCAGCAAAGGCAUUAUUUUGGCAACCAAGGAAGGGUCUUUCAUUUGUGUUAACAUUUGAAUCAGAAAGAGAAAGGAAUGCAGCAAUAAUGAUUGCCAGGAAAUAUGCUCUUGAUUGUAAUGUGAGACUUGUUGGACCAGAGGAUCAAGUAUAACAAAAUGCAACUGACAUAACUGUUUUUUUUUUUUUUUUUCCCUACCAGAUGUGAGUAUUGUUCAGGGUUUUGAUAGUGUGAGUGAUGUGCAUGUGUUUGCUUGCCAUAGUAAGGAAGUGGAAUGCACCUUUAUUUUUGUAUUUGUUGAUGUUUUGUCUUAGGCAUAGUUUUUAAUUUGCCUAAUCUGUUCUAUUGUAACAAAUUCUUCCUUUUUUUUUAAUUGAUUGGUUCAUUUGUUGCUGAUUUGCAUACC